AUGGAUCCAAAUCUAGAGCUUUAUAAGAGCCUAUUGCACCUUACCCCGUACCAGCGCCGCGACCGCAUGGCACAUCUUCCCCGAUCUGAGUUCAAUAGAGUCAGCACAAUUGUCCAAGAGGAGGAUGCUGCCAAGAGGCUAGAAGAGACCAUCGCAGGUCGGGACCUCGUUCAAGUGGCCUUAGCUAAUCCUUCCGAGAUCAAAGAGGAUGGACAAUUGAAGAAUAUCGUGCUUGGCCGGACCAACCGCCUUGAGGACGAGGACAGCAUGGCAGAACGCAUCACCAACAGUGUCGCAGAUAGCAGUUCGACCUUGAUCAGUUACAUCGCAGGCUUCGAUAAGAUGGCUCAUCCUUUGUGCUUGGAUGCCUGGAAGCUAGUGUAUUGCGACAUGUAUUACGUUGACGGAGGCAAUGCUACGCUACAGGAGAUCUACGAAACACGCCUACAGGAAGAAGAACUUCAGACGCCUGCCGCCCGAGCCAGAGAGCUUAUCAGGGAUUUUCAACUCAAGAAGGCUCGUAGGAACGCAAAGUGGAUGAUUCCUGCCAUCGAACGUCUUCCAGGAGAGGAACUAAAAGGUUGGGCGGAACAAGAUCCUGGCCUCAUGCAACGACUCGUCAGUGAGGGCAAGAUCGAGGAAGCCAUGGAACUCCUUUCGAAACCAAAUUCCUACAAGGAUAUGUUGGCAGAAAUCUGGACACAGGUAUCUCCUCCGCCGCCAGCAUGGCUAAAGAAGAUCUUUGAUACUGGUAAACAAUUUGGCUUUGUCUACUACAGGUCUAGAGAAUUGUACCAGACACGCUAUAACUGGAGCUCUGUCUGGAGUCGAAUUACUAAUACCUCCUCUCCACCGGGGGUGAGCUGGGGCGAUAUUCAUUGCCAAGGUAGCAAGAACUGGAUGUCAUUGUCUUCGCUUAAAACUGAGAACUGGCCUAUGUUCUCCCCUAAUGAGGAGUUGGCUGAAGACGACGACCUCCGCAAGCAUUUCAAAGAAUACUGCGAGGAGAACCGUUCCAAAACCGAAGAGGAUGAAAAGAAGGAGAAGAAGAAGGAGAAGAAGAAGGAGAAGAAGAGAAAGAGAACGAACACAGAUGACAAUGAGAAUCUGCUGUCUCCUGGAAUUUUGCGAAAUACCUUCAUUGUCAUUCCCCUCGAAUUUGCUUCCGGAAAUCUCAAUAUUGAGCAUUUUGACUUUUACAACCCCUGCUGGGUUUGGGCAUAUGACGCAGACUGGGACGGAUCGGAAGAAGAGACUGUUAUCGACGGGGAGAAGUACGAAGGCCGGGUCAAGGUGGCCAAAUGGUCGCUCAACUCCUGGUUCUACGCUGCUCGCUGGGAGGGUGUCAGUCUUCGGGAUAUGUGGCUCAAGGCGCAGAAGCAUCCGGACAAGUACUGGAUUUGUUAUACAAAGGAGUUAGAGGAGUGGGAUCACGAGCCAUACAUCUAG